AUGGACGCCAAUGCUCGACGCGUUACGCGCCGGUGUGACGCUGACGCUGUGGCGCACGGCGUGACGGCCGAUCCUGAUGCGGCUAAACGCAAUCGGCGCACGACAAAGAAAGUGUCUGCCAGCGGCUUCCACUCCGUCAGCGAUGAAGAGCUCUCGGCCCUCUUUCUGUUCAAGGAGCGCAUUGGCAAUGGUAACUGGGGACAGGUGUAUCUGGCGCGGCCACUGGAGUCUGAUGGCGGAAUCGGAACCGACUCAGCGCACCGCAGCGGCCGUGGCGGCCGUGGCCGGUGCGUCAACGCUCUGUGGAGCGAAAUGAAGGUCAUCCGUCGACUGCGGCAUGAGCCGCACCCAAGUAUCAUCCACUUUGAGGCGUUCCUGCUUUCGCCGAGCUGCGCCGCCAUUGUCAUGCCACUGCACCGUGGCCCGAUGCCACUCCCCCUCUCCGUCGGCAAAGCGCUGCGAUACUUCCGCCAGCUCGCCAGCGCCGUCGCGUAUCUCCACGAGAACAACAUUACGCACAACGAUAUCAAGCCCGCCAACAUUGUCAUGAGCUACAGCGACGUACCAGUGCUCGUCGACUUUGGCUUUGCGCAGAUCCACAAGGCGAGCGAUCCCGAGCCAUUCAUCUCCUCCGCCACCUGGGGUACGCCAGAGUACAUGGACCCGCUCCGCGUCAUGGGGCACAAGCACGACGAGCGCAUGUCGGAUGUCUGGAGCCUCGGCGUGACUAUGUACGAGGUGCUUGUAGGGCGCACUCCAUUUGAGAUCACGACAGAGGAGCUGUUCGAGACGCACGAGCAACUCGACGAGUACCUUCGCCGCUCGCGCUCUGGCAAGUGGUACGGCGAGUACCACAUCUGUGAUAGUGAGUCAUCUGACGCCACGUUGAGCUAA